GCCACGACCUUGGUCCACAUGUCGUAUUCGGAUGAGGCAUUGAGAUAGAAGAGCAAGAUUGCAAGAAACACUUGUCACGUCAGGUCGACGACGAAAGACGCGGAGGUUGGUGGUGAAGGAAGAAAGAAAACGAAAGGCGGCCUCCCACUCGCAGUCGCAGUCGCAGGUUCUAGACCACCAAACCCAGCGGCUCCCGCUCAUCUCAGUUCGGCUUCGGCCUUCGCAUUCCUCUACAGAUUUCGCAGUUUUGCUGGGGGUAACUACGGAAUGGGGGGCGGAUCCGGAUCUUUCCUCAAGGUCUUGGUCAACAACAUGGAUGUCCUCGCGGGGCCUUUGGUUUCACUUGCGUAUCCUCUGUAUGCCUCUGUUAGAGCAAUUGAAACAAAAUCUGCUGUGGAUGAUCAGCAAUGGCUCACGUACUGGGUGCUGUACUCAUUUAUCACUCUAUUCGAGCUCACCUUUGCUCCGGUACUCGAAUGGCUUCCUUUCUGGUCUUAUGCAAAGCUGUUCUUUAAUUGCUGGUUAGUAUUGCCACAGUUCAAUGGAGCUGCACAUGUUUAUGAGCAUUUUGUGAGGCCAAUGAUUGUAAAUCAGCAAGUUGUAAACAUCUGGUAUAUUCCAAAGAAGGAUGAAUCAAGUAGGCCUGAUGAUGUAAUUUCAGCUGCACAGAGGUACAUUGAGCAAAAUGGAUCAAAAGCGUUUGAGAAUCUUGUUAACAAGGUUACUGGGAGUGGUGGGAAGCCGUACACCCUUUCUUCACAAUUCUUAACCAAUGCUUGUUGUUCACCUUUUCCAUUUGGUUCAGGGAAAAAGGCUUCUAUAUUUUCUAAUUGGCUUAUAGCUCAGCAAAAGAAUACUACAGACAGUGGAGUUUAUUUGUAUCCAGAUAUACAAUGUGGAGAAAUUGUUCAUCUAUUCUCUCUGGUUUUGUCAGGAAACCUUCUCAUUUCACCUUUCUUGCCUAGUGAAGGAGUUGGUGAGGCUGAUGAGCCUAACAGCUCUGGUCCUUUGGUCGUAGAUACCAGCGGUUUGGCUGACAACAGUCAUAAGCGCAAGGCUGAUACAGUGAAACUGAAAAGCAGCAAGGCUAAGAAACCGAAGCCUUUGCCAAAGAUAGAAAGUGACUUUUGCUACCGCCGGGAGAAAGGAUUUCCUGCUAUCCAAAUAGGUCUAAAUCUUCAUAGAAUUCAAACAAGCAAUUUCUUGCAAGAGUUUCAUGGUAAAGAAUCCUCUAUUUUUACUUCAAGCUGGGCAAUGAGCAAAAAGAAUGUUGAUUUGCAUGCAGAAAGGCACAUCAUGCCAUUGUUUUCAAAUUGCUUAAGUUCAUAUAGGCAUUUAUUGUCUGAAUCUCAGUUGGAGAACUCAUACAGUGGAUGGCCUUGGGAUGCCAUGACAAAUUAUGCGGAAGAGUUAUCACCAGUAUCUGAGCACCAAAAUGAAUUGUUCACAUUGUCUCCUGAACUGUUCAGGAAUGCAUUUCUUGUUAUUCAUCAAGCUGGUGGGCAAGGAGUUACCUUGAGAGAACUUUCGCAGGCACUGCAUCCGUUAGCCAUGCAGCUGGUCUUAAUAAUUGUUGACACUCUCAAAAGAUUUCAGCUGGCUGUUAAGGUCAAUGCAUAUGAUGGCGUUCAGAUUGUGGACUCAUUACAUUCGUCAAAGUAUCAUAUAGCUACACUUGCAGAAUGUGAUAGUUGCUGCUGUACAGAUCCUCCAACUUCUCAAUUUGUUGAUAAUGAAAACACAAAAAAUCUACUGAAAGAGAAGCAUACCAAGCCUAUUAAUUUUCCUGGUCCAAUAAAAAUGCUUGGUGAUGGGCACACAGUGACAGUAAUUAAUGUUCAAAGCAAGUUGAGCCCACCUUACAUGCACAGCAAAGAUCCUGGGGAUGCGGAAAGGUUAUCUACUCCAGGAGAGAACAAUAAGGAGAGUAGUUUCUAUCAUAAUUGUGAAAGGCAUUGUUAUCAGCCUAUAUUACCAUGGAUAAAUGGUGAUGGUAGUACUAAUAGCACUCUCUAUGAAGGUUUAAGUCGCCGAGUUAUUGGUUAUGUCAUGCACUAUCCAGGACUAUCGGAGGAAGAUGUUAUCCGUAGGAUGGAUGUAUUGAAUCCUCAGACUUGCAGGACCCUGCUAGAAAAGCUAACGCUCGAUGGGAACCUUCAUGUUCGGGUUUUUGAAGAACCUGUGCCAAUGGCUCCGACCACACUGUAGGGUAUGUUCAAGCAACACUCUAGUAAAGAGCCAUCAAAAUGUGUAAAGCGCUACUUUGCAAACCCAAUGAGCACAUUACAACUGUAACUGCAAGAAGAUUUUAACUUUGUUCUAGAUCCAGACUUGUGAGGGCAUCAAGAUUUGGAAUGUUUAAAUGUUACCGUCCCCAGAACUGGUAAGGCCAUCUCGUGGUAAGACCAUCUCCGCCGUGUAAAUAGUCGUGCAAAGUACUAUUUUGCACCUGUUUGCAGAGUAAAAUUUAAAAUAGAGAGUAAGAUAGGGAGUGGAAUAGAGAGUCUGCUGGUCUGCUGGAGAGCUAAGGCCCUUAACUGAACCAUCAUCACUUGUCUGUUUCUGAGCCGUGCUUGCUCUAAGGCCGUGCUGAUUGUCGUGCUUAGGAGCAGGCAUAUUAUGGUUGUGCAAAACAUUGUUUUGCACUGUAUAAUUAUUAUUUACAAAGUGGUGUUUGAAAUA